AAUGCCAUUUUGAUUUGAUUUGAGUUGUGUAUUGUGUGGUGAAACUGUUUUUUUGUGAUUUUUGUAUUAUUCUCACUUAUAGACUCUAAUUUCAUAUAAUAAGCGAAUGCUGGAGUGAUAAGGGAACGUAAGAUGAAUUCUACAAUAUCUGACGACUUAUCUCGGGAACAUUUGGCAUUAGAAGCAGCAAAGUGUAUUCAAAAUAUAUUUUCGAACAGUCAAAAAGUCAAGUCUUUACACAAGGAACUGCUAGAAAUAAACUUAUCUGUAACUGCAUAUAUCGAAGAAAGUAAGCUACGCUUGGAUGAAUUGCGUCUGAAUUUAGCACACGAAGCCAAGAGUUCUCAUAAAGUUGUAGAAAUCCUGUCCGAGAAAUAAUACAAUUAGCAAUAAUGUCCACCCCACCACCAGCACCACAAAAGCGUAUUCACUCCAGAAAUAACAUCAAACACAUACAAAUUGAAGACAACAAUAAUAGCAGCAAGAAUUCAGAGCGCCAACAAGCUCGGAAAUUCAUCACUUGGUAUAAACACAUGAUAGAUUAUGAGAGGCAAAACCUUUGCCUAUAUCUUUCUGAUGAUGCUAUGUUGGAAUACUUUGGUAGAACAAUCAAAACAAGAAAAAAAGUGGCCGCAUUCCUGAAACAUGAUAUGCAAUGCUCCAGGCACGAUUUUACUACAGUGGAAAGUAUUGAGAGGAUUCAGAUGAGGCAGGACAUUGUGUCGAGAAGGGGAGAUAAUUCAUUAGCUAGUCCUUUUAACUCUCCUGAGAUUAUUAAUCCGAAUAUCGAAAGAUCUGGAAAAAGAAAGAUUCUCCGGUGUGAAAGCCCAGAAUGGGCUGAAGGCUGCAAACCCCAAGAUGAAGCUGUAGAAACCAAGAGAAGCAAGCUUGACGAAUCUCAGAAUGACAAUAAAUCGGAGGUAUUACCCAGGAACUGUUUGAAAAGAGCUCAUAGUGAAGACAGGUCAGAAAUAAACAGCAAAGGAGACAAUAUGCUUGGGAGACGAGCAAAACGGAAGUGUGUGCCGGUUACACCACCGAAUUGUGAAGUUGGGCAAGGGGAUUGUUUGCCUUCUACUAGCGGGACUGAUUCGGACCGGUCCCAUGAUGCCUUGAAUGCACAACUGCCAAAGCUAGCUGUUGAGUGUAAUGGAUACAUCGAGUUUACAAGGACGAGGAAUAAUCGUGCUACGGAUUCUAUGAAAUGGGAGAGGAAAUGUAAGGUACAAAUUAGCUAUUCGGAGGAUCCUCUUAAUAUCGGAGAGUAUAUAAUUUGGGCACUGUUGUACACCGAUGAAAGUAAGUGCAGGAGAAACCUUUUGUCUGCAUUCGAAGAGAUUGCUAUUGAAGAAGGGCUUGUAAAGUGAUUUUCAGUGACUGGUUAUACAGUUCUUUCAAAGUUAUAUACUAACUGUUCGAUCUGCACAAUGGUUAACUAUUUCACUAGUGUAUAUGUAACUACCUGCUACUUGAUGGUAGUCGUCAAAGUCAUGUCCAACCUGCCUUUAAGCAACUUAAAUAAAAUAUGACACCAGUGUUAAGUGUUACCAUAGUACACUCGUAAAAAAAAAAACAAAAUCUAAUGUAAAAUUGCAUGCAAACAUGGCAAAGUGUUUGUUUUUUCUUUAUUGAUAACUUUGAAGGAAUUGUAUUUUCCAGUUAUUGUGUUAAUUUGAAAACAGCUCUUCAAUAUACUAAAUAUUAUUAUUAUAAUUAAAAAAAAUAAAACUAGGGAUUAUUUUUGAUUUAUGAAUUUUAAUUUUGAUAAAAUGUCAAUGUUUUGCUUUGUAAUUAGGAUGUCAUAGACAAUAUUUCUUUCUUUAAUACUUAUGCAGAAUUUUUUUUUUCAUACCUACUGUUAAUUAAUGUGACAAUGAAGAAUAUUCAUUAUCAAUUUUUAUUAUAACUAAGUUUUAAAAAUAUUUGCAUUCUGUCGGGCGUUCAAAUAUUAUAUUGGUAACUAAUAUAGGAAAAAAAUCUAAAUUUUGUAUAGAUAUCAAAGUUAGAAUUUUUAUAGUCUUCGUUCAGUACAUUGUUUUUAUCAAUCUCUCUGUUUGUGGCGCUAUAGUCAAUAGGUCCAGAGGGCCUAUGUUACUAAAGUCCACAUUCUAUCUCUUUUUUCCAUAUUGUUUACAGAUCAUGUAAAAAAUAGUGAACAUGUGGGUGCGAUGACUUUCUAGCCUUUUUAAGACUUAGGCAAAGGCAUUUACAGAAUCAUUCAUCUCCUUUCGGUUUUAAGUCUCUCACAAUUUAUGCAUUUGUCAUUUAUUGACAUUUUACUUGGCAGUAGGUUAUUCAGGAUUCUGCACGAUACUAUGUGAUAACAAGAUGGACUAGUAUACUCUUAUAGCAUUUAUAUUUUUACCUCAUUUUACAAUGUCUUUACUAAUUGACGAAUAUCCCAUGAAUUUUUAAUGUCACAAGACUUAGGGACCAAUUUGAGAGCAUGUAUUUUUUAUUUAUGACAGAAUUUUCAUUUAGGAUGGUUUCCCAAAAAAAGCCGAUUGUAAGGUAAUUCAAAUCUAAAUUCCAAGUGAAUUAUAUCUAAAUUGUUGUUGCACAAUUAUUAAAAAGUUGUAUGUACGAAUGGUAGACUGGCAGUUAAUCAUUAAAUAGGACAAACAGAAAUAGCAACGUUGCGAUAAAGUGCAGCUAAUAAAUAGAAAAAAAAUUUAGGGACCUGUUUCACCACUUGCUGAUAAAGCCUCCUAGCCUAGAUUUGAUAGCCUCAAUGUAACAUAUUUAACAGAUAAUGUUAAAAUUGUGUUUCACAAAUGUUUGGAUAGGGCUAACAAAGAUUUACUUGUUAGUUUAUCUGUCAAAUUGCAAAAUAUUAUUUUAUCAGAUAGUGUUGAAACAGGCAUGUAUUCAUCUACUAUACUAUUAUGUAUAUUAUACUAGUUUGUAUAGUAUAUGCAUUAUAUGAGUAGAGAUAUAUGUUAUAUGUAUACUCAUAUGUAUAAUUUAAGCUAAUAGAAGACUUUCAUGAUAUAAUUAUCUGAUACAUCACUUACACCUUUCCAUCAUCCAAUAAAAUAUAAAUAAUGUAUAAAUUACAUGUACAGGAACCAUCCUACAUGAAAUAGUAUAGGGUAGGCAUGAUUCCAAUGCCACUAGAAAAAAAAAACAAUUAUUUACUUGGUUUCCUCUACUGCCAUUGUUCUAUAUAACCAAGUAUUUAAUCGUUUAAUCUAUUUUAGGACGCAUUCAUUUAGUAAUAUGAAAAUAUAAUGUUAUAAUGUUGUUGACCUUGUAAUUUCUAUCUCAAUUUGGCCCUGGCACAACGUUAAGGCAGUCUGGCCUUAUGUCUGAAAUUUUAUGUCCCUCAUUUUAAUUUUCUUCUUUAUAUUUUGUACCACCGAAAUUAGUGUCUUGUCGUUUAUGUUAGUAUUUUAGUCUCAAAUAGAAUAGUUCUAGGAAUAGGUUAUUGACUUAAAAACAUCAUGUUUUAUGUUAACAAAUGAUCGGUGAUACUACCUACAUAUUUGUAGGUUAAUUAAAACAGGCUUCUUUCUAAAAGAUUCAUUAAUUAUAGUGUUAUUCAUUUAUGUAAUAAUGUGGGAUUCCUCCCAUUUCGUCUCAAAGUGUAUUCAUUUGUGUAAUAAUGUGGGAUUCCCCAGUUCGUCUCCAUUUUAGCGUAUGAAUUGUAAAUGAGAUUUCCAAGUAUAAUUUGUAUCUACUUUAAGUUUAUGUUGUUAUGAUCGUUACUUUUAAAGUAAUGGAAGGGGAGGUUUUUGUUUAAUUAUGCUAGAGAUGUAUAAGACAAAUAAAGGUUGUUUAGCAAUG